UGCGCAAUAACACCCGACGCUCACAGCAUAGUGACCCGAGAGUCCUACUGCAGGAGAGACAACCAUGGCUGACCUGUCGAGCACAUCUAUUUGGGUUAAAGUGUGUCUAAUCCUCAUUCCUUUGGGUGGAUUGUUUCAUUUGAUAGGUUUCGCAUCACCAUAUUGGGUCAAAGCAGGACUAUCCCACAGUGGACUCUGGCGAGCUUGUACUCGAACCUGCAUUGAUUAUCUAGACUAUCCAGCACUGCUGCCGGGCUGGUUACGCGCGACCCAGUUUUUUGAGACAGUCGGGUUGAUCGCCAUUGCCGCAGCGGCUGUCCUUCUGUUCCUGUCAAUCUUCGUGCAGGCGCUCAAGGACAAGAAGAUCAUCACAAUCAUCAACGCCUUAGCCUGCUUCGGUGCCUGUGGAACAAUCAUCAUCGGCGCGAUCAUCUACGGCAGUCAGGAUCGCCCGGUAGCCUACCUCAGCUGGGCUUUCGCGCUGUGCAUUGUUGGGGCAAUAAUGGAGGGCGUGGCAGGCGCAUUAAUCAUAUUGGGAACGUUCGCUGCCAGAAGACCAUAAAUGAUAAGACGGAGAAGUUUAAUAGUUAUAUGUCAAAAUGAUAGAGACGAACCUUUCAUGCUUUGUGUUACAGGAUAUUUGAAUAAAACAACAUGUGACUGGGAAUACGUCUUCUAACGCGACUUGACAACAACACUGAUCAUCCAUUAACUCUAAUAUCGUGUCUUCUUUAAAAUUUACAGU